AUGGGCCCAUCUUUUGUUAACGCAACUUUCCAGUCCAAAAUAACAGAAGCAGCUGAUAUUGUUGUUGGAAUAUGUUAUACAGUAUUUGGAAUAUGCUCCUUGUGUGGGAACAGUAUUCUCCUCUGUGUUUCCUACAAGAAAAGGAAUUUGUUGAAACCAGCAGAAUACUUUAUAAUAAACCUUGCCAUCAGUGACCUUGGUAUGACUCUGACAUUGUAUCCUCUAGCUGUAACCUCCAGCCUUUCACACAGGUGGCUGUAUGGGAAACACAUUUGCUUGUUCUAUGCAUUUUGUGGGGUACUCUUUGGGAUCUGCAGUCUAUCAACACUGACAUUACUGAGCACUGUGUGCUGCCUCAAAAUUUGUUUUCCAGCUUAUGGGAACAGGUUCAGGAGAGAACAUGGACAGAUCUUGAUAGCCUGUGCUUGGACCUACGCGGCAAUUUUUGCCUGUUCUCCUUUAGCUCACUGGGGGCAAUAUGGAGCAGAGCCUUAUGGCACAGCUUGUUGCAUUGAUUGGCAUUCCACGAACGUAAAUGUCGUGUCAAUGUCUUACACUAUAGUUCUAUUUGUUUUCUGUUUUAUUCUCCCUUGUGGUGUAAUUAUCACUUCCUACUCUCUUAUUCUCAUAACUGUGAAAGAAUCCAGGAAGGCAGUGGAACAGCACGUCUCCGGUCCCACCAGGAUGAGCAAUGUGCAAACUAUUACAGUCAAGCUGAGCGUCGCUGUGUGCACUGGAUUUUUUGCUGCAUGGAGCCCUUAUGCCAUCAUUGCCAUGUGGGCAGCUUUUGGAUCUGUAGAUAAGAUUCCUCCACUAGCCUUUGCUGUGCCAGCUGUCUUUGCGAAGUCCUCCACACUGUACAAUCCAGUUAUCUACCUUCUUCUGAGGCCCAAUUUCCGAAAUACUAUUGUCAAAGAUUUUACAGUUUUUCAACAGCUAUGCAUCAGGACUUGUUUUUGUGUCAAGGCCCUGCAGAACUAUAGAUCAACUUGGGAGACUGGCCUGAGAACAUUUAAAGGCAAAAAUGAAUCCAGCUGUAACUCUUUGCAAACUACAGAAGGGUGUUCUUACUUCCCCUGUGAAAAGUUCAAUGAUAGACUUGAACACCUUAAAAACUAUCCAAAACACUGCCAGGAGAGCCUAAACAUUGUGGAAUGCACUCCUCAAGAAAGCGUGUCCUCGCAGAGCAAUCUCCAAGUAAAUGUGAGACAGGGCAGUAAGAAGUCUGUGAAGAUAGUUGUGCAAGGAGAAAAAAGCACUGAAAUUGAUAACUUGGAAAUCACUGUAGAAACCCUACCUGUGCGUUGUACAUUUACAGAUCUCUAG